AAUCUUUUUUAGCUAAUACAACAAAUAACGAGACAAAUAGAGUUUUAGGUACAAGUUUACCGUCUGUUCAAGGUGAUUUUGGUACGGAUUUAGCUGAUACAUCAGGUAAUGGUCAACAUCCGGAUAAAUCAGGUAAUGAUGUAUUGGUGGGGAAAGCGUCGGCGUCAGCAAGUAAUACGAAUGUUGAAGCUAAUACUGAAUGUGAAUUUGACGAAACUAGUGCUCAAACUCUUGGAUCAGAUGGUUCUCGACAUAGUAGUAUACGUAAGCGAGCAGCAGAGACUUAUCUCAGUCAUGCAAAUAAAAAAAUAAAAGCAUAUGACGAUAGUAGGAAUGAAUUAUCAAAACUUAUGACAGUUGGUGAUUUUGUAGGUAUUAAAAUUGAUAAGGUAGACAGAACCAAUACAGAACCUAAAAUAUUACCUUGCACGAUAGUAGAAAAAAAAGAACAUACAGUCAAAGUUGCUUGUGUAUUUGGUAUAAUAGAUGCAUGGUGGUCGUUCGAUGAUGUUAUUUUUCUUUCUAGCGUUCCAAAUGAUCUAGUAACGUUAAAGCUGAACGAUUUAGAUGAAAUAACAUUAAUAACAGCAUCGAGAUUAUAUGUUCGUGGUAAUGCCAAUGGUAUGGUGUGCUCUUGUAAAUCAGGUUGUAAGAGUAAACAUUGUAAAUGUGUUCGUAACAAUGUUAAAUGCUCGACAAAAUGUCAUAAAGCAAAUAUAUGUUGCCAAAAUCGUGAAGGUUAG